CGAUGUUAUCGGUUCCACUGUCGCCUGGAUACGGGUGCACACAUGCAGUCACUACAUAUACUCCUAGACAAACCGCAUCUCGAUCAUCGUGGCCCGCGAAUUAAGAUCCAGCGCCGAAGAUGUCCUCACAAGUCGUGCAGUACUGGCCACUGAUCUUGAUGCACCUCCUGCUGUCAUCCAGCAGCGGGGCGACGGCCGGGAAGGUCCCCGCGAUCAUCGUGUUCGGGGACUCCACGGUGGAUCCCGGCAACAACGACUACAUCCCCACCGUCGCCAAGGGCAACUUCCCGCCGUACGGGCGCGACUUCGAAGGCGGCGUCGCCACCGGCCGGUUCACCAACGGCCGCCUCGUCACCGACUUCAUGUCGGAGGCGCUCGGCUUGGCGACCUCCGUGCCGGCCUACCUGGACGGCAGCUACACCAUCGACCAGCUCGCUGGCGGCGUCAGCUUCGCUUCAGGAGGCACCGGGCUGGACACUAUGACGGCAAAACUCGCAUCAGUGAUAUCAAUAAGUCAGCAGCUGGAAUACUUCAAGGAAUACAAGGAGAGGCUGAAGCACGCCAAGGGCCAGACCGUGGCCGACGAGAUCAUCGCCGAGGCGCUGUACAUCUUCAGCAUUGGCACAAACGAUUUCUUCGUGAACUACUACGUCAUGCCUCUCCGGCGCGCCCAGUACGCGCCAACGGACUACGCCGGCUACCUGGUAGGCCUCGCCGAAGACGCCGUCCGCCAAGCCUACGAGCUCGGCGCGCGCAAGGUCAUGCUCAGCGGCAUCCCGCCGUUCGGGUGCGUGCCGGCGGCGAGGACGUUGAACCGGGAUGCGCCGGGGGAGUGCAACGAGGAGUACAACCGGGUUGCGCAGAGUUACAACGCCGGGGUCAGGGACGCCGUAGUGAGGCUCGGCGCCGAGCUCGCCGGCGCGCGGGUGGUGUACCUGGACGUGUACGACGUGCCGUCCGCCAUCUUCGCCCACCCGUCGGAGUACGGCUUCGAGAACGUCGCGCGAGGUUGCUGCGGCACGGGGCUCAUCGAGACGACCGUCCUGUGCGGCAUGGACGAGGCGUUCACGUGUCAGGAUGCUGAUAAGUACGUCUUCUUCGAUUCGGUUCAUCCUUCCCAGAGGACUUACAAGCUUUUAGCGGACGAAAUUAUCAAAACUACGCUGCAAGUAUUCCUAGUAUGAUAUUUUGUACAUAUAUAAAGGAAAACGUUUAAAUUAAGCCGGCUGAUUUUCCACGGCGCGUAAGCCGCCUGGAACGCACGGACACGUGUCCAGCCCCACGCGUCGCUCACAACCGCCCAGCCUUAUCUUCUUCGCAUCCACAUGUUCGUUCCCACUUCUUUCCACCCGCUUGAUGUCAAACGCGGGAGAGGAGGCAUGGCGCUGCAGCAUGAAGGAGGAGGCUGGAGCCUGGCACCGCUCGCCGGAGGCGGACGCCGCCCAUCGCCGGAGGAAGUCGCGUCCCCGUGGAACUCGCCACGACGGCGGAGCUACAAUGCAGCACAAGCGGCGCCCCGAUCCCGUGGAGCUUGCCAGCGGCGGUACUGCUUGGCUGCAAGGGAGCUCUCGCCGGCGGCUGCACUCGCGAUGGUUGUUGAAGCUGCAGUGCUUCAACGCAGCAUCUGUAGUGCUGCUCGCUGGCGACGAAGCUUCGAUGCAACAUCCAUGGCGCUGCUCGCCGGCGAAAGAGCUGCAACGCAACAUCCAUGGUGCUGCUCGCCGGCGGCAGACCUGCAACGCAACAGCCAUGGUGCUUCAUCGCAUCAUCCAUGGCGCUGCUCGCCGGCGACAGAGCUGCAACGCAUCAGCGAUGGUGCUUCAACACAGCAUCCAUGGCGCUGCUCGCCGGCGACGAAGCUUCAACGCAGCAUCCAUGGUGCUCGGCCGAAGUUGCAAUCGAGCUUCGAUAGAGCACCGGUGCUGCGUUGGAGCUCGGUCGGAGUUGCAAGCAACGAAGCUUCGCCGGAACCGUUGGAGCUUUAUUGGGGCUGCAAUGGAGCUAGGCCGGAGUUGCAAUGGAGUUCGCCGGAGCGUCAUUGCUGCGCUGGAGCUUCAUCCGGUUGCAAUGGAGCUCACCGGAGGCCGUUAGUGCUGAGUUGGAGCUUCCCGCUGGGGCUGCAAUGGCGCUGCGUUGAAGCUGUCACUCUUGCUGCUGCCUGUUGUAAUCCAACGCUUCCCAGCAUACUGAUCCGACGGCUGAACAGGCGGAUGAUUUCUCUAAGAAAUCAUCCGGCUGAUUUGUAGCAUCGCCCAAAAAUUAUGGAAAUCAGAUAAUAGUGGUAGGAAAGAGUAGAUUUUGUGCAGAUCCACCUUUGGUUUCCUGGGUAACAUGGACAUCUUAUAUGGAAAUUUUCUUUUACUUCAAGGGCAGUUUAA